CUGCAGUUCUGCGCGCACCCGUUCCACGCUUGCUCGCAUCGCAUCCGCCGACCCAACCCGCCCGCAUCCACCUUCCGCCGCAGCUACCAUGGCCGACGAGCAGAGCGGGCUUCCCCUGCGGAGGUGGAGGCCAUUCUUCGGCGCUUUCGAGGCGAUCGACGGCGUGAUCGAGGCAUGCGGCUACCCGCGCGCCGAGUAUCGUGACGUGCGUGGCGAGAUCGUCGUGCUGCUCCGCGGCGCCACGGAUGACGGCGUGGCCGAGCAGCUCUGCGCCGUGCUCGACGACGUCAUGGUCGAAUCCCUCAAGACGCUGCUGGUCGCGCCCGUCCCGCACGACCUGCUGGCGUCCACCGAGCUGGCGAGGACCGUCGGCGCCCUCGGGAGCCACGGGUCGUCCCGGAUCCGGAGCCUCGCGCGCGACGUCGUGCGCGGGUGGAGGGUAGCCGUCGAAGCCUCCUUCGCCACUGCUGUAGCGGUGAAGAAGAAACUCGACAAUCUCUCUGCUGAUCAGAUCCCGCUCCCGCGCGCUGCCGUCGACAAGGUGCACGUACCGUCUGCCAAGAUGCUUCCCGCUGCUGCUGAGGUACACAACAAGAAGCCGGACAUACCACCAGCAAAGAUGAUUUCCACCGCCACCGCCGCCGAGGCACAUAACAAGAGGCCACACGUACCACCAGCAAAGACGCUUGCUGCCGCCGUUGCCGAGGUGCACAACAAGAGGCCACAAGUACCACCAGCAAAGAUGCUUUCCACCGCCGAGGAACACAAGAAGCAGCAUUAUGUACCGCCAACGAAGACGCUUCCGACCACAUCAAUUCUAUCGAAUCAACAGAAGAACAUGAGUGAGACCAAGAAACCGGUCGUCGCUGAGAGCGAGAAGAUAGAGGCUACAAAGCUACGGGAGAGUUACCAAGAAGCUGAUGGAGUCAAGCGUCGGCGCAGCAUCCAGACCAUUAAGGAGGAGGAGGGGAAGCUGUUAGAGCAGAAGCAAUGCAAGAAUCAUGCGUCCCAUCGUAUGGAGAGAGGCCCAGUAGGAUGUAGGACUAGGACCUCGUCAGGCGUCAGUCGUUCUAGGCCUCCUCCUUCUCACGUGCUUUAGGGCCGAAUGUUGUUCUUGGAUGACCAAUAUUUGUGCAUUUUGAAGUUCUG